AUGUUCAUCUCUCUUUCAUUUGGCCGCUGGUCGCUGUCCUCACCGGACGCGGUUUAUUUGUUUCGCGCCAAAAUAUGCGAAAAAAUGGAGGAUAAUCGUACCCGACGAGCUAAGCGGAAUCCACAGGCCCGAUAUUUAACACCUCAAAGCACGAACAACAUGGACAGUCCUGAAGAAAACAUCGUCGCCAUAUCAAACGAAACCACAGUCGCCGUUACCAGUGAGGAGACCGUUACCUCGAUUCGUGUCCCCUCUGCUUCUCCAACUCCUGGACCUUCAACUGAAAGCAACCUGAAGCGUAAACUACCAAGAGUCAAGGUAGAGAAAACACCAAAAUCAAAUAAAAGUACGAUGUGUGACUAUUGCGGUGUUCACUACUCCCAACUGGCACUUAGGAACGGAGCUGUAUGGGUAGAGUGCAUGAGCUGCGGCAAAUGGUACCACCAAGAAUGUAUGAUGACAGUGAUUGGGCUGCUGAAUAGACUUGUCACCAUAUUGCCACAUAUGGUAUCACCAAAUUGCCCCCGUAUCUCCAUAUUGCCAACACCAAAAAGAUUUGUU